AUGAUUGAGCAGCGCGCCACGCGCGGCCGCUGCGCUGUCGCCGACCGCCGCCUGCCGGCCGGCAGCCCCGUGCCACGCUUCUCUGGCCUGCCGUACGCGUGCUGCCCGCUGCCGUCACAGCGCGAGCGCGUCUGUGGUCGCUGCUUUGCCCAGGCGCCGGCGGCGCCUGGGUGCCUCCUGCGUUGCUCAAAGUGCCGGUGGGCGCGCUACUGCUCACGAGAGUGCCAGGCGGGCGAUUGGCAGCGGCACAAGCGCGAGUGCCGCACGCUCGCCUCCAAGGGCGGCGAGCUCUUGCGGCUGGACGACGCACCCGUCGCCGACCUCUUGCUGCUGGGACGCUGCGCGUGGCGGCGGCACGACGCCAGCUCGCCGGACGAUGAGGACGCCGCCUUCGAUGCGCUCGAGACGUCCCGGCCGACAGAGAGCGACCGUGCGCUGGCGCGCUUUGCGACGACACUGCCGGGCCUCCUCCCUCCGAGCUGCGACGCGGGCGACGCCACGCGGCUGCUCAGCCAGUUCCGCGUGAACAACUUCGGCGUAACCAACGAGCUACUGUCGGUGGUUGGCGCGGGCUGCUACCCGCCCGCUGCCCUCCUCAACCACAGCUGCGCGCCGAACGCGGUGCUCUACUACGAGGGGUCGCGGCUCGAGGUGCGAACCUGCCGCGAUGUCGACGCCGGCGAGGAGCUGUGCCACUCACGCGCGGCGCAGCUGCGAGAGCGGUACGGCUUCGAGUGCGCCUGCGUGCGCUGCAGCGGCGGGCGGCGGAGCGACGAGUGGCGACAAGACGUCGACGCCGCGAUGGAGGCGCCGCACCCAUCGUUGGGCGAGGCGGAUUGCGCCGACGUGGCUGCUGCGACCGCGGCUGCUCACGCCGUUUGGUACGAGGCGGAGGGGCGGUGCCUCUCGGCCGCGCUCCUGUGCGGCGACAACGCGGCGGCGCUCGAGUGCUGCCGCGCCCUCGUCUCGUUCCUCGAGGCGGCCCUCGCGCACGUGCCCGCACACGCCCUCCUCGCGCUGCAGCGUUUCACCCUCUGCGACCUCGAGCUCGAGAGCGGCGACGCGGCCGAGGCGCGGCGGCAGAUGGAGGCGUGCGCCGAGGCGGUGGCGAUCUCCUACGGCGCGAAGAGCGCCCUUCGAGCAGCCGCGCGAGAACGGUGGGAGGAGCUCAUGUCGGGCGGAUCUUGA